GGAACGCUCGGGUGCCAAACUACAACUCCCAGCAGCCCCCGCGACUUCCGGUCGGCAAGAUGGUGGCGCGCAGGAGGAAGCGUGCGGCCGGGAGAGCUGAGGAGGGAGUUCCGAGCCCGCCGGGCUACACAGCCAUUCCCAUCAAGUUCUCUGAGAAGCAGCAGGCUUCUCAUUACCUCUAUGCCAGAGAACAUAGAGUUCGAGAAGGCACCAAGUCAUCCUGGCCUCCAAAGCGGACACUCUUCAUCCUCAAUGUGCCCCCGUACUGCACAGAGGAGAGCCUGUCCCACCUACUCUCCUCCUGUGGCCCCAUCCAGUCCGUGGAGUUGCAGGAGAAGCCAGACCUGGCCGAGGUCCCCAAGGAGCCCAGGUCGAAGUUUUUUAACCCCAAGCCCGUUCCGGGAUUCCAGGUGGGCUACAUAGUGUUCCAGAAGCGAGGAGGGGUGCUGGCUGCCUUGGCUCUGCAGGGCCCGCUGCUGGUCUCCACAGAAAGUCACCCGGUGAAGAGCGGCAUUCACAAGUGGAUCUGUGACUAUGCAGACUCAGUGCUGGACCCUGAGGCCCUGCAGGAGGAAGUGGACACGUUCAUGGUGACCUAUGACAAGAAGAUGGAUGAGGAGGAGGCCAAGGCCAAGGAGGAGGAAGGGGUCCCCGACGAGGAGGGCUGGGUGAAGGUCACGCGCAGGGGCAGGCGGGCUGUACUCCCGCGGACGGAGGCAGCCAACCUGCGGGUGCUGGAGAAGGAGAAGCGCAAGCGAGCCCGCAAGGAGCUACUCAACUUCUACGCCUGGCAGCACCGCGAAAGCAAGAUGGAGCAUCUGGCACAGCUGCGCAAGAAGUUUGAGGAGGACAAGCAGAGGAUUGAACUGAUGCGGGCCCAACGCAAAUUCCGACCCUACUGAGCCACACUGGCCCUUGGAAAGAGGUGGACAGUGCCGGUGGUGCUGGCAGGACUUGUGGGCCUAGAACACCAUUUGUAGGCUGUCCAGCAGGCCCAAAGUCUAAACCCAUGGGGGAUGGAGGAGGACACGGUUCCCCUGUGCUGUCUGUGCUUCAGUAUCUCAGGCCCAGGACUGGCGAAACCCUCCACACCACCACCCUGGAAGUGGCCCUUCCUUGUCCCAGCCUCUUUUUUUCAAGGCCUUGACUGCUCACCCCUUCCCCUCCUGCAGUGAAGGUGCCUCAAAAGCAGUGGGAACUCAGAAUAUUUUUUAUUUUCUCAGCCUGGUAGCAGGAAAGGUCUAGAAAAGGCAGGCCUGGUGGGGCAGGCUGGCCGUGUGCUUUCCUGACCCUCACUUCGGUAGCUUCCAGCUCAGCGCAGACCCAGCCAACAAUAGACAGCCCCCUCCCCCCAAAUCUGUCUUCCAAUUGGGGUCACAAUGUUAAAGUCAGAUCUCUACGUC